CCCUAUUCCCUUUUCCUUCCUUUCCUUCCACGCCUUCAACCCCUCUUGCUCUUUUUCCCCUUGUUUCUUCUCUUCCUUUUUUUCUCGCUCACCUCCCCCCGUCCAUCUCAUCCCAUCUCUCCGGUCCAGUGAACGGCCUAUCUUCUGCUUGUCCCAGAAGAUAAGGUGCCAUUCCAAGGAUCUGGUAAUCUCCUUUUUCUUUUUCCCUUCCAUCUGUUCACUUCGGCUUUCUAUCUUCACUUUUCUUCCUCUUUUUUUUUUUCUUACUAUUUUUUCUUUUUCUCUUUUGCGCCUUCUCCCCCGCUCUCUUUUCUUUUCUCUUUUUCGCCCAAAAAUCAAAACUCAUUUGUACAUGGCUCGACCGCUCUAGAAAGCAUUCGCCAUCUUGGAGCCCUGUGUUCCUGACGCCUCACCCCCGUCGCCAGCUCCCCUUCGAUCCUCGUCCGAUCCGAGCCCUUCGUUCAGUCUUCGACAGCAUUCGUUUCGCAUCAACUCUAGCGUCAAUUUUUUUUUCUCUUCUCUUUUCUUUUUUAAUCGGUGUAUCUGUAUAAUCUACCUUUCUUUUGCAUUUAUUAGAACAGGAUCUCCGUUUUAUUCCUUUCCAUCGUCUUUCUCCCUUCUUCCUUCUCCUCUCGAGUUACUCUUGACAACUAGACGUUAUCUCUUUCUCCCACCUCCCCUGGCCUGGGUCCUGCGAACUUCAGUGAGUGCACCUGUCGAGAUCGUUGUCCUGCAGACGUCGCUACUUGACGCGUCCGACCCUCCUCUGUUCGGAUUUUGGAGAAUAGCAUCAUGGCUGCGUUGGUCCAGACGAUUCCGCAACAAAGUGGCACGGUUCCUGUGCUUUCAACUCGUCCAUCAUCCUCUUCGGGCACCUUCACACCCUCAUCUCAAAACUCGCAACAGCAAAACGCUAGGAAUUCGACCAUGUCUUGGAACACAUACAACACGGGCGGUUCGGGCAGCUACAGGGCAGGCCACCAGGUUGUGGCCCCCUACGCUUUCACCAGCACGCCCAACCUGUCCGGCUCCGCCAAUGUGCAGAACCGUCAGUCGUGGUCCCCUCAUCUGAGACCGGAGCACCGAACUACGUCCGCCCCGUCCGCUCCUCAGCUAUCUCCUAGUCUUCCUCCUACUCUCCCUCCUAUCAAUGUCAACUCGCGGUCGGCCAAUCACCUUGCAGCUGGUUCUGUAUCCACCUCUUCCUCCAAUUCUUCCGUACAAUCCUACGUCUCAAAAGACGACACGGCCAUCCCUUCUUCGAGGCAGUUGCGGACUGAACCCCCUCUCCGUCCCCUAUCGACCGUCAAUCUGCCGUCUCCUUCGUCGUCUUUCAUGAACAUAUCUUCUCCUACCGUCCGCCCGUCCCCUGAUCGUUACCGUCGAGGAUCCCGGCGUCCGGAUAGCGUAGUUGGUACGCCACCUGCCACUACAACGACGAAUGCUUCGGGCCCGUCACGAUCUCCGUCAGGAACCCCGGAUGAGAACUCCUUACAGGCACCGCCCAGGAAUCUGGGCCACCAUCGGGGCUCCAGUGCCGAUGAUACGUCGCGUGGGGAGAAGUCACAACCGGAAUUGGCUAAGAGAUACAGGCGACGAAGUUGGGGGAAUAUGGAUAAUGCCGGCCUCAUCAAUUUAGAGCUUCAUCUGCCGACUUCCUCGCCGACCCCAUCGGCCGGCGGUACUGACUAUUUUGACACAAACCACCGGCCUCGAUCGGCUCAAUCUCAUCGCGAUGUUACGACGAGCGUUCAUUCAGCUCAUUCCUCGACCUCUUCGGUUCCUGAACCCGGAAACACAGAGUCCGCAUCUUCGUCCGGCAAGGGUGCCGCCAAACCGGAAGACUCUAAACGGGCUCCAAAGCCGUCGCCGCUAUCAAAGCCUAUUGAUGCUGAUCCAACGCCCGUGGCAUCGCCCAAUCAGCCGGAAAGCAAAGACAAACCCGCCCCGCCAAAGGAGAGUGCCGCUACCCAGCGAUUGGCCGAACUGUCCAAGAACGACCUGAGACGGCCAGGAAAAUCCCGGCUGAGAAGAGCUUUCUCCUUUGGUAGCGCCUCGGAGCUAAUGAAGGCGUCUGCUCAGACUAGUGCGGGCAAAAAGGAGGCCAUGGCCCUUGAGAAAGCUCGCAGGGAAUUACUUCAGGAAGAACUUGGCCCAGAGCAGGCCGCUAUCGCGGAACAGCAGGAAGCUAGUGGCUUGGGAGAGAGCAUCUACUCGCAUCACCAAGGCCGAUUCUUCAAUAGCUCCACGGAUAACAUUUCCGUCUCUUCCACGGCGUCCUCUGCCUCGAUUAUGCUUCGCAAGAUGGGCAAGGGAAUGAAACGCUCGACUAGAUCUCUCGUUGGACUGUUCCGCCCCAAGUCCGUUAUCAGCACAUCGUCGACGGACGCCGGCGCCAUCGAACCAAUGGCGCCUCAACUGUCCGUUGUCAACAUCGAAGCGGAAAGGAAAAGCGUAACUGUGAACCCGGACCCGCAAGAUCUUCCUCGUGGCGGCACCGUGUUUCCUAAAGUUGAACCGACUGCCCCGGAGGUGUCGGUCCCCGAUGACGGUGGUGACAAAACCCAGUCGCGGAAGAGUAUCGUCGGGGGAGACAGGGAGCGAGCCGAGGUCCUGGCCGCUGUUCGCAAAGGCAUUUUGAAAAAAACCCAUUCCGACCCAACGGCCAGCAAGCCAUCGGGAGGCUCCCAGACCGUUAGCAGCAACGACACUCCCCACUCUAGUGCUCCCAGCACCCCCGAGGACCAGACGCGAUCCGGCAGUCGCCGCCCUGAAACGGUCAGGAUUGCCGGUGACGACGACUUCAUCUCGGUGGGGCGGUUUGGCGACAGCAAGAGUGCUCCCAUCACUCCGCAGGCUGUAGCUCCCAAGAGCCUGGUGUUCAGCCCUCGUAUCCAGUUUCAUGACACGUGGCCCAGCGGGGAGUACGACCGUCGGGGAGACAUUGCCACCUGCAACCGACUGACACCGCUCCUUGCCCAGCAGAUCAAAGAGGAGCUCAACAAUUUCAAAAUGGAGAUGGAAGUUCACGAGACCUCCAAAGUUUAUACCCAUUUCCUCUGAACCAUUGCAUUCUGAAAGGCGUUUUUCCAUCCCAGUUUCCGGGCGAACUUGCAUGUCAUUUAUUCUCUGGACGGCUGUUGGAUCUAUGACUUGUGCGGUGUCCCCGACCUUGGAGUUGUCCACCUCAUAGUAGACCUGCUUUCUCUUUUUAGAGCCACGUUUUGGUUGCGCCUUCAGCUCUCCAUCAGUGCCCUGCACCUUCGACACUCGAACUUCUCCACCGUUUCUCCAAUUAUUGCAGAAUCGCGGCCACUCGUUCCAUCAGCACAUCUUCUCUAGGGUUUCACGGCGUUAAUGGCGAUGACCACCGAAGUCCGUUGCGGGGUUUAUCUUUUUCGAUUUUAAUGCGUUGAGAUUUAAUGCGAAUUUCACCACCGAACGAAGAACAAAAAAGGGAUCGAAUAUUGGAGUCCACCCCCCUGACCGUCCGCGAUCCUAUGGCUUCGAUCUACUUUUUUGCAUCCUGAGAUAGGGCACCGAUCUUGUGCGAGUGUUCCUCCUUUCGUCCCUCUCCCCGGGACCCGAUCAUGUUUAUGGCAUUCUUUCCUCUCCUUUUUUUUAAUUCCCUUUUACUUCCCCCUCCUCUUUCUGGGUCUUCCCCGUUUACAUAGCAUCCCAGCCAUUUUGUGUUUAUUGUUUUUGCUUCUCUCUUGCUUCCCUUCUUUUUCUUUUUUGACAGCGUGGAAAUUGGGCACCAUCUCCUGGACACUUAUCUCAGGGUCUUUUCUUUUUGUGAUUAAUUCUGCAGUACUGGUUCUGAUUUUGUUUUUUAAUGCGUUUCAUUGUGGAGGGUUCCACCGUACAGCAAACAGGAACUGGGACGUUGCCAUUCAAGCCUCGUCCCGUUAUUACUCAUUGCCUGGGCAGUUAAUGCGACCAACAUUUGAAGGCCUUUUUU